ACCAUUCCAUAGCUACUAUAAAAGAGGUUCAAUGUUUUGAGAUAUUUAACAGUCACAUUUAAGCUCUUCCCGAGUACACAGACAGUAGUUAGCAUUAAAAGAUUUUUCUAAUUUUACAUUUUUAUUUUUCUUUAGCUCAUAUCUGAAUCAUAUUGAAUAAUGAAAUAUUUCGUCUUCGCGUUAUUAGCUCUUGUAGCUGUUGUUGCUGCUGAUGAACAAUACACAACAAAAUAUGAUAAUAUUGAUUUAGAAGAAAUUCUUAAAUCAGAUCGUCUAUUUAAAAACUAUUAUAAUUGUUUAUUAGACAAAGGUAAAUGUACACCAGAUGGUCGUGAAUUAAAACGUGUUUUACCAGAUGCCUUAAAAACUGAAUGUUCAAAAUGUUCAGAAAGGCAAAAGCAAGGUGUUGAACGUGUAUUGAAAUUUUUAAUUGAUAAUAAACAAGUUGAAUGGAAAGAUUUAUCAGCCAAAUAUGAUCCAGAAGGUAUUUAUGUAAAAAAAUAUGAAGCUGAAGCAAGGGCUCGAGGUUAUGAAAUUCCAGACUUCAUUAAAGCCCAAUUAGAAAAAAAUUAAAGGAAAUAUAUGCAACCAAACUCAAAACUAUGUACAUACGAGUAACAUAAUUGAAAUGUUCAAAAUUAUUAAAAUCAAAGAUUUUAUAUUGUAAUUAAAUUCGCAAUAAAUUUUUCUUAAAGUCUAAAGUGAAGAUAUAAUAUGAAAUAUAUAAUAAGACUAAAAACAUCAGUAAGAAAAAAUAAAAAUAAUCUAGAUCUUUUUUCUAAGAAAA